AUGCCGUCUCUCGAACUGAAGACCAACGUCCACCUUGCUGAUCCCAAGCCGUUCUUGCUCGAGUUCUCCGAAUUCGCGGCGAAGACGCUGAACAAGCCGCUGGUAUACAUCUCGACCAGCUACACGUACAAUGAGAACCUAACCUUCAAUGGGACGUUCGAUCCUGCGUUGUUGCUCACUAUCACGAGCCUUGGGAAUAUCAGCCCGGAGCUGAAUGAAGGCUACAGCAAGGCCUUCUUCGAUUUUUUCAAGAAGAAGUUAGGUGUCCCGGACAACCGCGGUUACAUCACCUUCUACGAUCCCGGACUGGCGUACUUGGGACACAAGGCCACUACGUUCAGUGCCCUUUUCCGUUAG